GUCGCGGUGGGGCUCGACCCCGCGGGGAACGUCGAGGACCUGGAAGCGGUUCACCGAGUUGGGGUUGCUGGACGAGGCUGUGAUGCAGCGGAAGGACCACGAGGCGCUCGUGGAGAAGGUUUCUAGGCUCGAAAGAGAGCUUUUUGACUACCAAUACAACAUGGACCUCCUAUUGAUUGAGAAGAAAGAAUGGAGUUCAAUGUUUGAUCAGCUGUGAUGAUUGAUCAUUGAUGAACUAUUUGGUUCCUUUCAUUUGUUAUAGCUUUUUGACUACCAAUACAACAUGGACCUCCUAUUGAUUGAGAAGAAAGAAUGGAGUUCGAUGUUUGAUCAGCUGGGGCAAGAACUAGCUGAAACUCAGGAGAUUCUCAAACGAGAACAGUCAGCACAUUUAAUUGCAUUAUUUGAAGUUGAGAAGCGAGAGGAAAAUUUGAAGAAAGCAUUAAGCACGGAGAGGCAGUGUGGGGCUGAUCUUGAGAGAGCUCUGCGUGCAAUACAAGAAGAGCAUGCCCAAGUCCAGUCUUUCUCUCAUACAAAGCUAGCUGAAGCUAAUGCAUUGGUUGAUGGAAUUGAAGAGAAGUCUUUGGCGGUUGAUAAGAAACUGCUUGAUGCAGAAGCUAAGCUUGCUGAGAUAAACAGAAAAAAUGCAGAGCUGGAUAUGAAAUUGCGACAGGUGGAUGUUCAGGAAAGUUUGCUUCAAAAGGAGCGUUUGUCUUUAGCUACUGAUCGAGAAUCAUUUGAGGCAACAUUCUACAAACAAAGGGAAGAUUUGAAGGACUGGGAAAGGAAGCUAAAGCAAAGAGAAGACAUGCUAUGUGAUGGUAGGCAAAAUCUUGGUGAGAAAGAAGAAAAGAUAGUUGAAACUGAGAAGAACCUUAGGCAGAAAGAAAGAGACCUAGAAGUGUUGGAGAAGAAAAUUGAUUCAUCUAAUUCUUUAUUGAAAGGAAAGGAAGCUGAGAUAAUUAAAAGAGUAGCAGAUUUAGAUGUGGAAGAGAAGAAAGCGGAUUCUUUAAAGAGCAUGCUGGAGAUGAAAGAGAAAGAAUUGCUUGCACUGGAACUGAAGCUUAGUGCUAGAGAAAGAGAGGGGAUCGAGAAUCUCCUUGGUGAACAAAAGGCUACUCUGGAUUUAAAGUUGCAGCAGGUUGAACUUGAAAUGGAACAAAAGCAGAAAUCCCUCGUUGAGGAGUUUAGCAGCAAGGAGGAAGUCUUUGAGCAGAGGGAAGUCGAAGUCAACCGUAGGGAAAAAAAGGUUGGAAAAGAAGAGCAGGCAUUGAAUAAGAAGACUGAGAGAAUAAAAGAGCAAAAUAAGGAGAUUGAAGCAAAGUUGAAAUCCUUAAAGGAGAAGGAAAAGACUAUGAUAAUCAAAGAGAAAGAGUUGGAGAAGGAAAAACAAAAACUGCUUGCUGACCGGGAGAGCCUGGAGAAUUUAAAUGCUGAACUUGGGAAGAUGAAAGCUGAGAUUUCUCAGAAGGAGCUGCAAAUAUGCCAAGAGACCGAGAAUUUGAAGCUUACUGAAGAUGAUAGGGCAGAGCAUUCUCAUUUGCAAUUGGAACUAAAACAGGAGAUAGAGCAUACCAGAUUGCAGAAGGACUUUAUUAUGAAGGAAGCUGAAAACUUAAGGGAGGAGAGACAGAGGUUUGAGAAAGAGUGGGAAGUGCUGGAUGAAAAAAGAGCAGAAAUUACUAGAAAGCAGCGUGAUAUUGAUGUGGAGAAAUUUUUUUAAAGAAAACUUCAGAACAGCGAAGAAAGGUUGAAAA